AUGUCUUCAAUCCAAGCUUAUAGUCUAUACCAGAAUGAGGGGUCCACUGUUAAGACGGACUUUUCUGACUCGUCGAAGUCCACUAAAAUAGCCGUAACUACCCGGACAGAGUAUGGUGAGCCAUCUACAAGUGUGGAUAUUCCUCUGUCGUGGGUUCGACGUGAAAUGAGCGAUUCAUUGAAAGGUUUCGAUUCGUUUGUAUGUGGGCUGAAUGUCGAUACGUCAUGGACCAGUAAGGACGCAGUUAGCAGCUUGCAUUUUGACGCUGCCACCUUCACACGUAUGGCGAACAGUCGCGCAGGUGUCAUCUGCGGAUUUCCACCUACAUUAGAUAUAGCAUACACAGGCGACAUCACUUACUGUCUUUGGGAUAACUGCCAUGACAAUUUCUCAGAUCCUCUGCACUUAUUCAAUCACGUCAUGACUCAUAUUGACUUUUCCUCAGUAGCUGAACGAUCGUGGUUUGUGAUGCAAGAAUCCAUGUCACUUCCCACAACAUCGUGUCUCUUGGGAAAACUGUUACGGAAAAGCACGUUCGACAUCACAGUGGAGAGAAGUAUUGUGCGUGUCCUUUUUGCGGUCGCUUCUUCUCAAGACCUGAUAAACUCUAUGAACAUCUUCGCAAACGGGCGCCGAUCCCACAGGGCAAUCAGAAAAAACCAGCACCUCUGUCUUCUAUGCCAGCGUCGCUUUGGCGAUGAGCGCUCAUUGGUGAACCACGUGCGGCGUCACAUCAACGGAAGACAGUGCCCUACUUGUGGAUUAGCUGUUCAGUUGCCGUCUGACUUGCACGGUACUUAUGGCGCCAUAUAUUUGGUGAAGCACACAGAAAGGAUAAAGACGCUGACUUGUCCCGAAUGCGACAAAAGCUUCUAUUGUGCUACGGAUCUGAUACGACACAGUGCUGUGCAUGGCCCGCCUAAGGAGGUGUGCAAGGUUUGUGGCGAGCAUUUUCGAUGGAAGAAGCAGUUGGAUAGGCAUAUGACAUCUCAUUCAGCGACUGCAAUGAAACAGCCAUAUCUUUGCCAUAUAUGUGAUUGUACAUAUGCUACCGGACAUGGACUUACACGCCAUCUGUCUCGGAAGCAUGAAUGUCCAAUUCCUGAAGGGUUCAGCAGGUUCUCCUACAAGAAAUGUGCAGACGGGUAUUAUCGAUUGCAGACUCGUAAACUUGUUCGGACUGUAUUAUAUGAGAAAUAA